AUCGUCCACUGUCAUGGCGUCCCAAGCGACUGAAUGUUAGGCCUGCUUCAGUUGUGAAGAAACAUCUAAUUUUUCCGUUUAUUUGAAGGACAUUUGGGAUUUAAACGACUGUCUUGUCGUUUUUGUUAAAAUAAUUGAUAAUGGCCGGCAGCAGUACGGCUCAGAAAACAUGGGAGCUCACUAACAGCAUGACGGAAGUUCAGAGCAUCGAUGAAAUUUAUAAAUAUGACAAAAAGCAACAACAAGAAAUCCUCGCUGCAAAGCCAUGGACAAAGGAUCACCACUACUUCAAGUACUGCAAAAUUUCAGCUUUGGCACUGUUGAAGAUGGUGAUGCAUGCUCGGUCUGGAGGGAACCUGGAGGUGAUGGGUCUGAUGCUGGGGAAGGUGGAUGGAGAAACCAUGAACAUCAUGGACAGCUUUGCCCUGCCCGUGGAGGGGACCGAGACCAGAGUAAACGCCCAGGCUGCAGCAUACGAGUACAUGGCAGCCUACAUUGAAAAUGCCAAGCAGGUUGGCCGGCUGGAAAAUGCAAUUGGCUGGUACCACAGUCACCCAGGCUACGGAUGCUGGCUCUCAGGCAUAGAUGUCAGUACUCAGAUGCUCAACCAGCAGUUUCAGGAGCCUUUUGUGGCUGUUGUGAUCGACCCCACUCGGACUAUUUCUGCAGGGAAAGUCAAUCUCGGUGCCUUCAGAACGUACCCAAAGGGUUACAAACCUCCUGAUGAGGGACCGUCAGAAUAUCAGACUAUCCCUCUGAACAAGAUAGAAGACUUUGGUGUGCAUUGUAAACAGUAUUAUGCCUUGGAGGUGACUUACUUUAAGUCUUCCCUGGAUAGAAAGCUUCUGGAACUCCUUUGGAAUAAAUAUUGGGUUAAUACCUUAAGUUCCUCAAGCCUCCUCACGAACUCAGACUACACCACAGGCCAGGUGUUUGACCUGUCGGAGAAGCUGGAGCAGUCGGAAGCCCAGCUGGGCAGAGGCAGCUUCAUGCUCGGCUUGGACACACACGAUAGGAAGUCUGAGGACAAACUAGCCAAAGCAACCCGAGACAGCUGCAAGACAACAAUAGAGGCAAUUCAUGGUCUCAUGUCUCAAGUCAUUAAAGACAAACUCUUCAAUCAAAUCAACACAUCUGCCAAUUAAACCCGAGCAAUUUGGAUUUUCACAUUUUUUCACACAAAGUUUUCUUGUGAAUGCUCAGCAGCUGCUGGGUUAUGGGUAUAUCUCUAUUAAAAGUAGCACCAUCUGUGAUGUCUCUGUUCAUUUUUUUUCUUUUUACCUAGAAGUGGAUCAGAAAUGCAGUAAUACAUUGAAAAAAUAAAACAUUAAAACCAAUA